CUCAAACUUUUUAAUUAAUCAUGUUAGUGGAAUAUCUUUGCUCCUGAAAUCCCGACACCUCCCGAAUCGAAACUAUAUGCCCACUGCGACAAUGAACGACUUUCUGGAACGAUGUCCACCUGCUUACGUUGAGGUUCUCGGCAGCCUCGGCGUUCAAGUGGGAUAUUUCGCUUGCGGGAUGAUCAUGGAAAAGAUGCGGCCUGCCUACGUCACCGCAACAUCUCGUGAAGUCCUGAAGAAGAGCCUUAUGAACCACCUCAUUCUGAAUUCCCUCCACUUCGUCAUAGCAACUUGCAUGGGUGGACACUCGGUCUUGUCACAAGGAUAUCCCAAGAAGUACCAGCUGCCGUCGUGGACCGAGUUCAUAUCACAGCUGGUGAUGGGUCUUGUGUUACGGGAUGCUGUAUUCUGGAUCGUUCAUCGAGUGCUGCACAUCCCUGGACUAUAUCGAGUGCACGCGAAGCACCAUGAGAUCAAGAACCCGGGCGACCACCACGUUUUCACCAUCAGCUACAUGUCCGUUGCAGACUUUUUCUGGUUGUACGCAUUUCCGAUAGUAUCCGUGGCAAGGUUCUUGGACAUGAAGCUCGCUACAACUUUGGCCUUCUCCUUCAUUUCUGCAACGGGAGAGCAAGUUAAGCUUGUUUGGGGAGACGAGGCCCAUGACGAGCAUCACGUGAACGGGGCGGUCAAUUUCGGAGCAUACGGUCCCAUGGACUGGGUUUGUGGAACUAGCGCCUGAAGAGUACCGAGCGAGACACGUGGACGAAUGAAUGCACAGCGGCCCGCUGUGGAGUGUGGAAUACCGAUCUGGUUUGCCGUGCUUUUGAGGUGGUGAGUGAUUCGAAUUUACGAUGGCGGUCAUCUUGGGUCGCCAUUGUGCAUUUGAUAGUUUGGUCUGUGUAUGCCUGCAAGUUUUGGAGCGAAUAC